AUGGGCCAAAGUGAAUCAAUUUUAUCCAGAUCAUGUUUCUGAAUCUUCAAAAUCUCAAUAAAACUCCAUGAACUCUGAAGUAACUCAACGAAUUCGGACGCAAUGCUACUCAAUAUCAUUUCUUGAAGCUCCGCACUUCCCUCUCUUUGCUACUUUUGGGGCAAAGUCCCUAAAAUGAUUUUAAAGCAGUAUAUAAAAGACCCAAAAUCUCUAUAG